AUGCCUCUUGGGAGUCAUAGCAGUGGACGCAGGUCCCCUCAGGGUCAUCGCUUCCGACGUUCACCGGAGGAGAAUCAUCGUGAGACAAGACCUGCUCCUAAACCAGCCAACCGCCCAUUUAUAUCCCCGGUGCCUCCACCAGGCAAAGAGCCCGUCCAGACCCUACCUGCUCUUUUGCCUGGGCAUACUUCCGUCCAGACGCUGCCCGCGAAACUACCAGAGAGGCGAGAAGGCGAGCUGCCUCCCCCAGCCAACCUUGCCAGACCGUUCGAGCGUCCACCACAUACAGGACCUCAAAUAUCACCCGUGCCUCCCAAGGGCAAUGUCCCCGUCCAGACACUGCCCGAGAAACUGCCUGAGAGGCGAGAAGGCGAGCUGCCUCCUCCAAGCAGCCUUACCAGACCGUUCAAGCGUCCACCACAUACAGGACCUCAAAUAUCACCCGUGCCUCCCAAGGGCAAUGUCCCCGUCCAGACACUGCCCGAGAAACUGCCUGAGAGGCGAGAAGGCGAGCUGCCUCCUCCAAGCAGCCUUACCAGACCGUUCAAGCGUCCACCACAUACAGGACCUCAAGUAUCACCCGUGCCUCCCAAGGGCAAUGUCCCCGUCCAGACACUGCCCGAAGAACUGCCAAGUACCCGAACAGGCGAGCUGCCUCCUAAUAAAGAAAGCCUUACAAGACCUAUCGACCGUCCACCACAUGACGGCCUCCUGAUAUCACCCGUGCCUCCCAAGGGCCACGUUCCUAUUUAG